CUCCGCCCCCUUUUGUGGUGGUGCCAGGCGGCCGUGGGGCUUCCUGCUGACGCCGAGCCGCGGAUGGGCAGGAAGGGCAGCCGGCGCCUCCGCUGCCUUUCCUCCUCUCGCCGCCGCCUCCUUCUCCUCGGCAGCCGGCUCCCGCCUCGCCCCCGCUCGCCCCACCGGCGGGAGCGCGACAGCUCGCGGGCAGGGCGCAGGUGCGGGGCAGGCCCGGCGGGGACAGGGACGGGCUGCCGCGCAGAGGGAAGGCGUCGGCCUCCCCCGCCGUUCUGGGAAGGGGCAGGAAGGCCCCCAGCCGGGCAUGGUAUCCCCCAGCCCUUGAGCGGCGUCGGCCGCGCCCCCUCGCCGAUGGCCGAAGCCUGGAGGCUGGAGGAGGACGAGGAGGAGCUGCGGGAGCUCGGCAGGAGGCACCGCCGGGCCCUGGGUUCGGCAGCAGAUCGCUCUGAAAGAAAUAAACCAGACUGCCGCUCAUCAGGCCAAGGACCCUUGUCAUCCAUAAGAGCAGCAAUCAAGAGAUCUUCUCGGACUUCUAGCCAUAGUGAACAGCAGAGGGAUAGAAGGCGUCCUGAAAUUACAAUAGUUGCUGCUGAACCCCUCCGGCCGUCCUCCUGGUUUCCAGGUGCAAGCCCUGUCACUCCUCAGGGAUUGGGAUUCCCUUCUGCUUCACCUCAUGCUCAGUGGAGGACAAAUGAGCUUAUUCCAGCUGAGCUUCCUCCGUCUUACGAGCAGGUGAUAAAAGAAAUAAAUCAAGUGCAAGUGAAUACAACAAAUAACAAUAAUGCUGCUGCUCCUAGACAUACCACUACUUCUGCAACACAAACUGACUUUCCAGAGGAAUUAAUCAGCCAUUUGCCAGGAAGUAAUGUAAAAAACAGUGUGUCUACACACUGGGAAUCUACAAACUAUCCGGUAGGGCCAAGUCCUCUGAAACCUCCUAGGCCUUCUGCAUCUCUCUUGAACAGAUCUUCUUCAGAAAAUGAGACUUCUUUAAUAGCUUUUGAAAGUUCUGAAGAUCAGAGACACCAAGAAAAUCCCAAUGCUGUGAUAUGUCCUGUGCCAAAGCCAAGAUCAAGAAGCAAUCUCAAACCUGUGGUCAAAAAUACUGAAAGUCAAAUAAGAGGCAAUGGGGAAGAAGUGAACCAGUCUGACACAGAAAGGCAGCAACUUUCAGUUCAGCAGUCGUCUGUCUUAGAUGAUAGCUUACUAGACAAUCACUUGACAGUGGACAGCAUGAGUACAGGAAAGAGCCAAAGUAGUAUUGGUUCAAGGAUAAAAGUUUUUGAAACCCAAGGAGCUAACAAUACCUCAGGACUAUUAAAGAAACCAGAAAUUGCCCCUCGUUCAUUUGCCACAAGACCCGUACCUGCAAAGAAGCCAGUAGUUGCUCCAAAGCCAGGAGUGAACAGAGUUUCAGGAGACUGGGAUGCAUGGACAGAAAGCAAACCAACACCUUCUUCCAAAGAACUGCAGCUUCAACCUGAAGCAGUUGGGAGCAGUGUUGUAACCAAACCUGAACUGCCAAAGAAACCAAAACCCGGCCUUGUAAAAAGUAGUAGUAGCAAUUUUCUUGAUGCAAAGAGUGGCUCAGUUGCAGAGAACAGCAAUGAACAAAGAAAAUUUCCUGUUCCUGCUCCAAGGCCUCUUAUUCCUAAAAAGUCACAUUCUGCAGAAAAUCCUGCUCUUUCUUUGAUCCCGCUAAAACCAAUCUCUGCUCCGCCACGGACUUCUGUAUCUGCCCAGGAAAAGGUUUUAAAGUCUCUGGGGGAGCUGACACCUGCAGCGAACUCCUCAGCACCUGCUUUGCAAAGUAAGCUAGAUGUGGAAGGAGAUCUGAUCAGUUUUGAUGAUGAUGUUUUGCCCCUAAGUCCACCUUGUGCAGUUAAAGAUAGCAUCAAUUGUGAAGCAGCAGCAGAUCCAUUCCAGCUCCUUCCCAAAAUUGAACCGGCAAAGGAACAGGCAGCUCAACCAGCUUUAGCACGGAAACCCACUGUUAUCCGAAUCCCAGCUAAGCCUGGAAAAUCUUUAGAUGAAAUUCCACAUAGCCCUCCACCACUUCCUGCUGAAAAGCCUAUUGGCAACACCUCUGACAUCACAGCGGGCAAACCCAACAGUGGUGACCUAGUAAAAAACAUGGAUUUGAAUCAUUCCGAACAAGCUGGAGCAUCUCAACUAGAACUUGCAUUACCCCCAAGGCCUGUGGAUGGAAAAAUUUUACCAGCUCGACCUCCCCCACCUAAAGGUGUUCCUGGAAGGCCACCUCCACCAAAACUCUCUGCGACCAAGACCUCCUCCCAGAAGGAUGCUCUUUCCCGAUCCACUUCUUACAUUGCUCCUGAUAAAAAAACAAGCAAGCUCAGAUUGGGACCCAAGAGAACAAAAAGCCAAGUCUUAAAAAAUCAAGAUCCAGCUUUACCUCCUAGACCUAAACCAGGUCAUCCUCUCUACAAUAAAUACAUGCUGUCUGUGCCUCAUGGAGAUGCCAAGGAAAACUGCCUUCCCAGAAACCAUGGAGAUCUGUCUCGUAAGGAUUCAAACAGCUCUCCAAAAGUUUCUGACACAAGUGCUCCCCAUGCUGUAGCGCUGCAUGAUUUUUCUGCAGAGCAUGCUGACGACUUGGACCUUCGUUCUGGAGAUGCUGUUUAUCUUUUGGAGAGAAUUGAUGCCAAGUGGUACAGAGGAAAAUGUGGGAAUCGCACAGGGAUAUUUCCUGCCAGCUUUGUUAAAGUGGUUAUUGAUGUUCCAGAAGAAGGCAAAAGGAAAAAAAUACCCUGCUCCUCACAAUCCAUUAAAGGCCCAAGAUGUGUAGCACGAUUUGAAUACAUUGGAGACCAGAGAGAUGAACUCAGUUUUUCAGAAGGUGAAACGAUUAUCCUUAAAGAAUAUAUAAAUGAAGAGUGGGCCAAAGGAGAACUCAGAGGCACGUCUGGAAUUUUCCCCUUGAAUUUUGUGGAAGUAAUUGAAGAUCUGCCUGGAAAAGGUACAGGAGCAGCACUGACGAAGAAAGUUAAGGUUCCUUCUCCCCUUCUUCAGAACAAGGCAUCCUCAGUAGAGUGGUGUGAAGCACUUCAUGAUUUUACAGCAGAAACCAAAGACGACUUAUCCUUUAGAAAGGGAGACUACAUCCAAAUACUGGAACAAGUAGAUUCUGAGUGGUACAGAGGAAAACUGAAUGAAAAGGAAGGGAUUUUCCCAGCAGUUUAUGUUCAGACCUGCUCAGCCAAGGUAGAGAAAUCACAGUCUGUAGGAGGAAAGAAAAGAAAAGCCAAAGCUCUCUAUGAUUUUCAUGGUGAAAAUGAAGAUGAGCUUUCCUUCAAAGCAGGGGAUUUUAUAACAGAGCUGGAAUCUGUAGACGAGGACUGGAUGAGUGGAGAGAUACAAGGAAGAACUGGGAUAUUUCCCAAGAACUUUGUUCAAAUUUUAAAAACACCAUGAAGCAUUGCCUGUCUUUGUACUCCCUGUGUGAGGGAGAGAAUGUUUUCAGCAAAGACAUCGAUGUAUCCAUGUUUUGCACUACUUAUUCUGGACAGUCAUACAGUAUCUUGAAGUCCAAAAAGAUUUUAGUCUUUUGUGACCAUGUAGUUAGUCAUGCUUCAGGAAAGCUCUGAGAGCAAAUACAAGGACGAUUUUUAGUGGUCUCCAGCUAGGGAAAUGCUGUGGUGCAACACCAUUUUAACUGAAAUAGUAUUCUGUUAUGUUUACUAUCUGGUAUUACAUUUAUCAUGCACAACCUCUGCAUAAAGUAAGCUUAUUUGAGCUUCUUUAAGAACUGUUUAAAGUGUUUUUAAUACAUAAUUGCAGUAGUUGGUAUGUACAUCAAGUUCAAUAUUCAGGUUUCUUUACUGCUUGACUUCCACAUUAGCAGAAGAAUUCACUUGCGAGUUAGAUGAUAAGAUAACUUAUAGUAGAAAAAUGUCAAAUUAAACCGGGAAGAGGGAAAACUCAAGCAAAUCCUUGUGUAGUAUUCUCCUGUUCUUAGCCCAAGCAGCUCACAAAGGAAGAUCAGAAAAGACUUAACUAAUAGCACUUACACUGGUUUGAACCAUGCUAGACCUUUCCCCUGCCUCAAAAAUUCUGUUCCAGGUAGAGCUUUAGUUUUCCUACUACCCCCUCUUUAUCAAGCACCACCCUACCCUUCUUUCCCAGCAGAAGCGAGCUGUGACGGACAGCAUUUACUCAGCUUUCUCAGUUCCCCUCCUGGCAUAGCUGUACUAUUUCAACUAUUUGCACCUCCACCCCCUUUAUCUAAGUGGAAAGCCUGUCUUCACUCAGUCUACAUUUCAUUUACCACUCAAGCACUGGAACAUACUUCAGUAACACUAUUCCUAUCCUUAACUUGAAGGAUAUUAUACAGCCUUGGUUUUGGCUUUCAACAGGCACAGGGUUGGCUUUCAGGUUGUUGGCACGUACCAGCUAUACCGAGCAUCAUUAUAAAUGGUCUGUCACAGCCUUAAGGAAAAAAUGUCUUGCAAGAGGUUACUUCAAAGAAGCUCAAACAAAAUCAUUUAGUAAAAGCAGCAGCGUGACUUGAGCAACAGCAACUAAGACUGACAUGACUGAGGUAGCUGGACCUUCUGGCAGCAAAUUCCAUUUUGUGACACUUUUUCUGACAAAGUCGUUAAAUGAGUCUUGAUUAGCAGCUAACUUCAGACUGGAGGAGAAAAAGAUUUCACUACAGUGCUGACAGUAUUUUAUCACUUCUGUACCAUGUGGGAAAAAGAAGAAACAAGUUGUUACUACGAGUCAUUACUUCAGAAACACAGAUGCAUAGAUACCAAGACACCCACACCAGACCUUUCUGUCUCAAAGUUCCAGUUGCCAGAACGCCAGCAGUUGAGUGGUUGAUGGAGAGUGUGGAAGCUAGAAUCAUCAUGACUCACCUUGAGAUAGUUCAGCGUAGUUGUGUGUCUGCUUACAGUUCUGUUGAAAGGAGGUCCAAACAUUAUGGCAACAAGUACGUACUGGUGCGGAAAGCCCUCCCUUUCCUCCCCUUUGGUUCCCAUUGCAGCAGGCAGACACAAGCUUCCAGGCAGAACCAGACUGAAGGGCUUCUUCCAGCAAGGAGCAGGUGCUGGAGCUUAGCAGCACACUGGAGCUCACCUGAACCAUCCUCAGCACUGGUUUGCUCUGCAGAAUUCAUUGUUAUGCCACAGUAGUUGCAAAUUCCACUUUUUUCUCUAGAAUCUUCUACAAUGUGAAGUGCUGUAUAUUACACAUGUCACUAUCACACAAAUCGAGGGUGAAGAUCAUACAAAGCUUUAAUGAGUUAAGAACUGGAUUUUAUCUUUCAUUAAAAGGAUUAACAUAAAAACAAUUACAAAUUACGUGUUAACCUAGAAAGAUGGAAACAUGACUAUCUACACAGUUGUUAUUCAAUUUUAACAUCCCACCAAGCCUAUCCUGAACUCCCGUGAAAUUCAACUUUAAGUCCACCUCUGAGGACAACUCACCCCUCUCUCCAAGCUCUGCUGCCUAGAGCUGUCCAUGGCUCUUUUUACAGAUAAGGCAGCCCUUGCUUUCUAUAGGACUCUGGUGAAUGAGUACAUAAGAGAGAUUUAUGACUUUCCAACUUAAACUUACUGUGGGCCACCCUAUUAAAACAGGCUUCUUCCAUUAUGACUUGUGCCAAGACAAAUCCUCAGUCUCUUGCGAGCAGAGCAUAAGGUGAACAACAAAAACAAAACCACUCCAACAAACAGAACACCAGGUCUUCAGAAAAUACACAAUCACUGUGGUGGGGGAGGAGGCUUAAGUGUAUGAUGUUUACUUAUUGUUUGUCUGGCAGUUUUCUAAGAUUUUGAUACAAGUCUCCAAGUAGAACUGAAUUUUUAUAUUUUUUUUCCAAUUUCCUCUCCCACAUUUUUAUAGCUGUAAUAUUGACCAGUUGUUUUUCUAUCUUCCACUGAAUGUUUAAAGUCAGUGCCUGUCGGUAGGUAAGUUCACUCUUACAUUAUUCAUCUCCUCCCACUCGCGCUGGGAAGGAAAAGCAGCAAAGCCUUAAAAGUCUGGGCGAGGAGUGCCACCUACAUGCUGUUUACGUUACUGCAGACAAAAACUGUUAAAAUUGAAGUAGUGUCUUGCCUUACAUAGGAAGUGAUUGUCUUACAGACUUGAUGCCUACUAUCACCAUGAAACUGCAUAUAGAUGAUAGAAUUUGUAAGGUGUACAGUACAUUGCAGAAAAGGAAGAAUGAAGCUGAACACCAUUCCUAACUGCAGUAUAGUAGCAAGUUUCAGCUGUAACCUUGACAUUCAGCUAGAGCCCUGUACAUCAAGUAUAAUAGGAAAUUGCUUUGACAAGCAAGGCUUUUAUUGUUUGGCCCACCUCCGGAACUAUCUUCAGGAAGACGACUUUAUUCUGUGUGCAAAUAACAGUGUCGUAAAUAAAUCUUUGUUAAGGCUAGUACAUUUGUUAUGGUACUUCUGUAAAUUAAAAAUGUAUUUAACCAAUAAAUUUUUAUAAUUAAGUUA